GGCUAGCCCAGAACACGAUAGUGUAGGCGUAUUCCACCCAGUAUUUAUAUUACAUAGUUCGCGGAAAUGCCGGGUCUGUCUAUUAUAUGCAAUAGAUGCAUUCCCGGGAUAAAUUCAAACCUUCCAUCAUCAGAGACCGAUGAUAGUGCCUAUGUUCAGAGUAUGACACCAAGGUCAAAACACACCACUCGAAGAUCAAGCCCCUCGACUGGUCAAACAUACGCUGACAGGCAUCGAUCUGCAGGAUUUUGGAGAUCUUGGGAGUUUGUGUAUAGUUAUCCGGAGUUGAAUGUGAAAAAGAGUGAAACUCUGAUAAAUAAAUUGUCCAAAGGUAAAAAGAAUAUUCGAAAAUGGAGAACAUUUUCAAGAAAUGAGGGACAUGCAAAUCCUGAAACUAAAAGUUCAUCUGAUGCAAAGGAAACGUGUCCAGAAGUUUUAAGUCGGAGUAGGAGCCUAGAUGAAGAACACGUAAAUUCUGGAAGAAAGGAGCUGCCCUCUAAUGAAGAAGGCCAAAGAUCCGACAUCAUAUCAGAAUCAAGUGACAGCAAUGAACAUCUUGUGUUACCUCCAAUUAUAACACAUGAUGACAUAGCUUGUAUCGAAUCCAAUUUCACAUCUCACAUUGAGAGGUCAAAUGAUGAGAACUACUUCAGUAUGGCCGGCAGUUCGAAAGGAGCCAUUCCAAAGUAUAAGAAUGUUUCACAGAUACGAAUCCAAGAUUUUAACAGCGAGAAUUCGAUCGAUGAAGUGGGGCACAUUAAUCCUACUGAAACUGCUUCAAGCAGCACAGAUGUUGGAGAUUCAUCGAACAGGAAGAACUGGAAACACAGUUUCAGCAGAGAAGGAAAGAAUAAAAAUACAGUCCUCCAUUCGGAAGGUAAGAUAAAAGAUAAAGAAAAUAUGACGUCACUUCUGCAGUUCAACAAUCAUUCAUUGGGAAAAGACGUACUGGACAACGGCAUCUCAAUCCUCAACACGAAGUUACAAGUACAUACGACAAAAGAUCGACUGAAAACCUUUAAGAAUUGGCCAAAUAAACGUAUUGAUCCUAAAAAGCUCGCAGAAGCAGGUUUCUUUUACUGUGGCAGAGCAGAUAUCGUUGAGUGCUUCAAGUGCGGAAUUAAGGGUCACAACUGGGUGGAGAAUGAUAAACCAAUGGAAGAUCAUACAAGGUGGAACAAAGAUUGCCCAUUCGUGAGAGAAAACACGACCGAACACGACAAUAUACGGGUCAGACAAGGCCAAGACAUCUGUGGUAAUUUAGGUGUAGAAAUCCUACCAAAUUCUAGACCGGAAGACGUGACUGAGUCAGAAACUAGCCUGGAAAAAUUAGGUAUACAGAAGACCAAAGGUCCCAGCCACCCUGAUCAAAUUAUAUAUGAUACAAGGCUCGCAACAUUCGAGAAUUGGCCUAAGUCAAUGAAACAAAAACCUCCAGAACUAGCAAAUGCCGGUUUCUAUUAUCUUGGCGUUGGCGACCAAACACUUUGUUUCUUUUGUGGAGGUGGCCUUAAAGAUUGGGACGAGGAUGAUGAUCCUUGGGAACAGCACGCGUUGUGGUUUCCUAAAUGUAAUUUCCUAUUGUUAAAGAAGACUCCUGCUUUUGUUGAAGCUGUUCAAAGGAAACACAAAGGUUUAUUGUCGAUUAAGAAAGACGAAACUGAAAUUGAAGCAAGUUGUAGCUCUAAUAGUGACACCAAAGAAUCUUCUAGCAAACUGAGUUCAAAUACAGAAGAGAGAAAAUCUGAGGAAAGCUCUACGUUGUGCAAAAUUUGCUUCAAAAAUGAACUAGGUGUUGUUUUCUUGCCUUGUGGACAUAUGGUGGCUUGCAUAGAUUGUGCAUCAGCCUUAAAAGAAUGUGCAGUGUGUCGUAAAAACAUUCAGGCCACAGUACGAGCAUUCCUUUCGUAAUAUUCAAUCUCUUCUUAAAUUCUAGUCACCUUCUUUCGAAAUCACUGAAGUGAAACUGUUAGUAUUCUUCAUAUGUAAUUAUCAGUACAAAUUACCCAAAUUCCUUAGUACAUAUAUGGGAUUUUUCUGGUUAUCACAGGUGAUAUGAACGAACACUUUUGUAUAAAUAAUUAGAUUCUUUCAAUUUUGUAAUGAGUUCACUGCAUAAUGCACUAGAUCUUCUGCUUUCUACAUAUAUAACUUCGCUAUGGAAAAAUGCAAGAUCAAGCUGUUUUCUUUGAUAACCAAUGGGUGAUUAUAAAGAGCAACAAAAAAAACUUGAUUUUAUUCAUUUGACAUAUUGAUCGAUAAAGGUGUUGUAUCUAUUAUGUUUAACCUUUUCGCUUAGGUUUUCUAAAAGAACUAUUUGUAUAUAAUAAUAAUAAAUGUAUUUUUAUA